AUGAGUAAGGGAGGGAGUAGAAGCCGAGAUAGAACAGAUAAGAAGAGCGGAUUGCAAAGCAUAAAUGAGCUGAGUAAAAAUCAGAGCAAGCUGCUUUCUAAAAGGGCCGGGUCGAGAGGAACGAGGGGUGGCUCCAGAGGAAGGAGUGCUUCUCCAUCUAAAAAAUCUCGGGCUGAUAGUCGAAUGGGAUCACGAGGACCUUCUAGGGGCGGAAGUAGAUCACCAUCCAAAGGUGGCCGAGGCUCAAGAUCUCCAUCGAGAAGGCCUACAGGAGAAAGGGACAGUAGGGAUCCAAGACGCACAGACAGUCGAGGAGACUUGCGCAGAACAGAUAGUCGAGACUUACGCGAUAGUAGAGACCCUAGGAGUCGUGAUCCAAGAGACAGUCGAGAUCCGAGGGACAGUCGAGAUCCAAGGGACAGUCGAGAUCCAAGGGACAGCCGUGCUCCAAGAGAUAGUCGAGAUCCAAGAGAUAGUCGAGAUCCAAGAGAUAGUCGAGAUCCAAGGGACAGUCGUGCUCCAAGGGACAGUCGAGACCCAAGAGACAGUCGAGAUCCAAGGGACAGCCGAGACCCAAGAGACAGCCGAGAUCCUAGAGAUACUAAAAGUAGGGACAGUCGGGGUACAAAGGAUAGUCGAGAUCGCAGAACGGGUGAUCCAAGAGACAGUCGAGCUCCUCGAGACAGUCGCGAUCCCAGGGAUGAGCAGGAUGCUCGAGAUCCCAGAGACCCUACUAGAGAUAACCGAGAUAGUAAAGAUCCUCGGCGAACUGAUAGUCGGGGUGAGAUGCGCAGAACAGACAGCCGGGGAUCAAAACGUGACAAGUAUUCACGAGGUAAAGACAGUCGCGGAGAGCGUCGGUCAAGGCCACGUUCUCCUUCUAAGUAUGGUACUAGGGAUUCUAGAGGUCGAGAUGACAGGGAUAGCAGGGGAAGUCGACGUGAUAGAAUGGAUAGACCAAGUGGAAGUCGGGGAGACUCCGCGCGAGAUCAUGACAGAAGCUUCGCUACAGACAAAGAUGGUCCAAGUUUGGAAGGUGAAAACGAUUCGCGUAAAGGAAGCCGACGUGGUAUCGGGUCUCGGGCAAGGUCCGGAGAUGACCGACGUGAUCGAGAUUCUCGCGGAGACAAAUACGGUUCACAAAAAGAUAAAAAAUCUCGCGAUAACCGAGAUGACCCUUAUGGAGAUCGCGGUUCCAGGAAACAGACAGGAACACGUUCAUCGCACCCUAGUGGGCUUCCUCAAGAAGGCUCCGGACAGAAAGACGGUUCACGGCAUCCAGAUGAACGAGGAUCCCAAGGGUCCAGAAAGAGAACUGGAUCAGCAUCGCAGCGUCCAAGUGAUGGAAGGUCAGGUUCCAAACACGAAGGCUCGCGGUCACAAGGAAGCAAAGAAAAACGAUCUGGUGAUUACGGAUCGCAAGACUCACGACGCCAUGAUGGCUCAAAAGGUACGCGACGAUCUCAAGAAGCUAGAGGAAGUCAAAAUAGACCAGACGAUGAACGUGACUCCCGGGGGUCUAGGGGCAAGUCUGGGUCAAAAGGUAGCGGCCGAGAAGGAUCUAGUACGCAGAGAGGGAGCCAAGAUAAUCGUGGAUCAACAGCAGCCCGUGCGAGCGGUGAAUCACAAGCCAGGGAUUCUAAAGCAAGAGGAAGUAAAGAUGCGUCGGGCGAAGAUAUGGAUUCGAGAGGUUCGCGAAAGAAAAGUGGUUCUAAAUCACAAAGAGAAGGAAGCCAAAGUGAAGUCCGUUCUAGUGGGAAACAAUCGGAGUCCAGAAAAGCUUCUGGGUCCAAAGAUCCAGAGGGCAGUCAAACGCGCCCUUCAAAGGACCUUCUUUUACGACCAUCGGGCGGUGGCACGGAAAGCGCGUCUCAAAAACCUUCAGCCGAGAGACAGUCCGGUAAGAAAAGUUCAACAAGUUCUUCAAAUUCAGACAAAGCUCAGGGUUCGACAGUUGCCCAUUUAAGAGAAGCAACCGAUGCAUUUCUGAGAUCAUUUAAUAUAAAAGGAGAAAACGAAGGCAAAUCAUCUUCAGCAGUUAAAGAAAGCAAAACCAGUAGUGUAGCUGAGGAAGAAGCAUCUCAGCGAAGCUCAGAUAAUAGGAAGUCGGGUUCCAAGGCUAAGCAAUCUGGUUCUACUGCUUUAGGGGGAAGCUCAGAUCAAAAAAGAUCUUCGGGUUCGGCUCAGAAAAGAUCAUCAGGAAUUUCAGAGCAUGAAGAAGAGGCGGGAGAGGAAUCGUCCCAAGGUAGCAACAAAAAAGUUAGACAGUCUGAACCACAAGGCAAUUCUCGGGUAAGAGAAUCAGAAGCGCGAGAAAUGUCUGGAUCGCGAGAAAAUUCUGGAUCAAGAGAGAAAUCAGCGUCGAGAGAUAAUCCAGACUCGAGGGCAAAGUCGGCAUCACAGGAGAAGUCUGGAUCAAGAGAUAAGUCGGCAUCGAGAGAUAAUCCAGAAUCGAGGGAUAAGUCUGUGUCAAGGGGAAACUCUGGCUCUAGGGAUAAUUCCGGGUCACAGGAAAGACCUGAGACGCAGAGAGAGUCAGGAACACAAAAGCCAUCCGCCGAGUCCAGGGAUGAAAGCAAGAAAAGGUCUGGCGGAGAAUCUGGUGCUGCCGAGUCAGCGGUAGGGCUUUCUGGAAGUGGUGGAAGUAUAGACGACAAAUCGGAAGGAGAUGGAUCCGUCUACACUUACGUAACCGUUGCAGAUGAUGACAUAGAGGAAAACGAACCUCCAGAAAAGUCAGGGGACCCAAGCGUUAAUCGAAACAGUGAUGGUACUAAACAGGAGCCAGAUUCCAAAAUUUCCGGCAGUCAGGGUCAACCAAAACCCAGUGGCGCUGAAAAAAGUGGCGAAGGAAGUGGUCAAAUCAACAGAUCGGGAGACGAUUCAAAGAAGAGCGGAACAAAAGACGCAAGUCGAGAGCCUUCGAAUUCUGCAGCUAAUAAUGACAGCAAACCCUCAGGAGAGCAAAAGAAAUCGGGCGCAGAUAACAAAUCGGGCGCAGAUAACGAAUCCGAUUACACGUAUGAAACUGUAACUAUGACUUCGUCAGAGGUUAAACGAAUGACUUCGUCAGAGCUUAAACGACAAACCGAACAAGCUUCCAAAAAUAAAAGCUGAGGUAGUUCGGCACAACGAAGCAGGCAAUGAACAUACUCUCAAGAAAAAAUAACUAACUAGGGCAAAAAUGAAACUCCUUUUCCAGCAACUAAGCUGA